ACAAGAAAACAAAACAUCCUCUUCAUCUUAACAACUAUUCAGGGUUCAAUGGCAGCAAGUGAUGAGUUUAGGUUAGUGUCAUCAGCAAUAGCUCAUGAAGGUAAAUUACCAAGGAAGUAUACGGAAGAAGGACAAGGCGCAGCAAAGAAACUGUCAUCACCACCAUUAGAAUGGUAUAAUGUACCAGAUGGUACUAAAAGUCUAGCCAUGGUUGUUCAAGAUCUUGAUGCGGAUGUAAUACCUUGGACUGCUUGGGUUGUUAUUAACAUACCACCUUCACUGAAAGGUUUGCCUGAAGGAUUCUCAGGUAUUAAAGUUGAAGAAUUAGGUGGUGGUGAUGAUUAUGGUGAGAUUCAGGAAGGUAAUAAUGAUCAUAAGGUUCCUGGUUGGCGCGUGCCUAUGUUGCCAGAACCUGGUCACAGGUUCGAAUUCAAGCUUUAUGCUUUGGAUGAUUUGAUGCAUCUUGGUCACAAGGUCACCAAGGAGAAACUGAUUGAAGCAGUUGAAGGGCAUGUGCUUGGUGAAGCUGUUCUCCUCUCCAUUUUCUGAUCGAUGUCUUUUUUUUUUUACUUUUAUGUCGAAAGGAACGAAAAUGAGGAGUUAGUUUCCAUGUUUGUCCUCUCUUUGUUUGAAGCGUUGUUUCGGUAAGAUCUGUUUGUGCGUGAUACUUGAUUAGCAGAACUGGUAAUCUUUACUCUAAAAUAAAACUUUAUUACCAAAAUCAAUCCAAAGUUACAUCUCUAACACUCCUUUCUUUGUUAAGCAAUCAGCAAAGAAAUUGAUUUUCUUCAGGUUCUGAAAUUUAUCACAAAUUGUUAACAAUCUUGCCUGAACUAUCCAAGGAAGUCUAUUUGCUGCGAAAGCUUUAAGCACUGCAGAUGAGUCAGAUAGUACCAAAAGACAAAAAUGACCAUUGACCAAAGCCUGCUCCAAAGCUUUUAUAAU